UGCCUCGGCAACACCCUCAAUAGCUCUUCAGACCACUACAGACCGCUUCACCAUGCCUCCACAUCUGCACCCACGGUCGCGCAUGACGACGUCGCUCUUCACAACCACGCUCAUGGUAUCUUUCCUUGUCGUGGCCGCACCACAUCUCAUGCCGUGUCCUGUCGACCCGCGCAUGCUCGCCGACUCCGCAGAUCCCACAGGAGAGAACCGGAGACGGCGGAGACGAAGAGUCCGAGAGGAGGAAACUAGCAACGAUUUUAUGAGUGAAGAGACAAGGAGGAGGCAGCGCAUUGAGGAGCGACUAGCUCCCAGGCGAGAGUGUCCAGUGCCGAAGCCUGGUGGGCUGAUCGGGCAGGUGCUGGGGAUGCCCAAGCAGGAGCUUGAGGAAGAGGAAGAAAAUCUGUCCAUUAUGCAAAGAGUCGAAAGAGCGGUGUGCAAACCGCGGUCGAAGGAUGGCAAUCAAUAACGGAAGCCAGAUAUAAAGGCAGCUAGCAAUGGCAUGACAUUCAAGAACCAAGAGGUCGCGCAUCUUGUAACGGCAGACGAUGGUCUGCGUCGGCAGGGACCCUGUCAGAUGUAACAUAUGUAAAUACUUCACAGCAGAAGGAAUGGUUGAACUGAAACGUAUACAAGAGUGUAUCAGGGUUUUACCUACAGAAGGGUCUUAGAA